AUGAUCUUCAGUUGCGGCACUAGUGGCAGUUACUUGAAAGGAAAGUUAAUUGUGUCUGAUAGCAUAACAUCGGACGAUGUCCAAUGCGAUUACUCAUCACAGUCUCAUCGCUGCUCACCCGUCGCACCAACCAGUUCAUCACCCAGUCAAUCCAGUUCGCUGGUGACACGAGUGGAAGACAUUGUCCCGGGAAAGUGGACGCACAUUUCUAAUAGGGUAUCAGUGCGUCCCCUUACACCAUCUGAAACUGAGCACGUAUUUGAGCAGCAACGACGACAACGACAACAUUGCGAAGCAGAUAAUCGAAAAGGUGACGAUGAACUGCGUGCUCCAUCAUCUUGGCGGUCGAGAAUGGACGACCACGAUGAAACAAGAAGCAGUAUAGACGCCGGAAGCACGAUUCAUAUACCUUCUAGCGAUACUAUCAAGGACCUAAUUCCCGAAAGUCCGGCGAUCAAUAUGUACGCUAUUUUGAAGUAUGACCUCUUCAGGGAUACAUCAGGUGAGAAUAACUAUCACCAUACUUCAUCAUUCGAAGACGAUCUUCUCGAUUUCGAUCGUGGUGCAGCAGUCACACGCUUAGAUCGUACACAAGAGGAUCUCAACAAAGUCCGUCAAAGAAUAGAUAACAAUGUCGAACAGCAGAAAGAGUAUAGCGAAAUGAUGGCAGCGCUUCAGAAUAAGGUGCACGAGUACAGGAAACACAUCGCGGAACUGGAAGGUAAGAUGGUGAGUGCGCGAAAACGACAAGCUGACGAUAGCGGAUUCACCAUCCUUGACUCAAACAUGUUUCAAGAUACCACUAACAGUUUCCGUGACAUUGAAAUGUGGAGUCCAUCUCGUACUAGAGGAGGAAGAACGAAUAUGAAUAUAGUGGUCGCUGGUGAUCCGAAUGCUAAUUAUGAGAUGAUCGCUAGACUCGAUGAGGAGCGCAGGCGUGCCGAUGAAUAUCGUAUACAGUGGGAAAAUGAGAAAAUUGCUAGGGAGCGUCUGGAAGAUGAGAAUGAGAGACUUCGCCGCGAAUUCGAUCGUUGUGAUCGAGAAUAUCGCGACAAGGAGCGAACAUUCGUGAACAGAGAAAGAAACCUGGCGCAGUAUCUCAGCGAUGAACAAAAGAAAAUGUUGGACAUGUGGACGGAGCUGCAAAGAGUUCGCAAACAGUUUUCUGAGCUUAAGGAACAAACAGAACGUGAUCUGGAAACGCAACGAAACGAAUUCAGUAGAGUGAUCAGAAGCGUGUCCAACAUCACCCGAAACAUCAGUAUUGGUGGAGAUCAAGCGACUAGCCCAACUGGGCCUUCACUUGCAGCACUUCUAACCGAUCUACUCAAAGAAGGAAGUCAUACGGCAACUUAUGACAGCACCAUAAUCGAAGCUGUUAAGCGAUACCGCGAUAGAACUGGAACUGCUGCAGGAGAUCGUUCACUCAUCGAUGAGCUGAAACUCAUUCGUGGCACUAGGGGCAGUGAAGGAGACGCCGAACUACAGAAAGAACUGAUGUUGAAAUAUGAGGAAUCUAUCGAACGCAACAUUGAGCUUGAAUCGAAAGGAGACGAAAGUCAGAGAAAAAUCGCCGAUUUGGAAGCAGAGUUGCGUCGUGUCAAGGAAAAGCUGAACGACAGCAUUAAUGCGUUGAGAAAAAUGCAUGAAAUUAGUCAGGACGCCGAUCGAUUGACGAGUGGAAGUCAGAAGCGUACACGAUCCUUGUCGCCUGGCAAAUCACCGCUACCGCCAUCAGAAGCUCUCCGCUCAGUGCGGAAUGCGCUACGUAGCAAGGAUAACGACAUUCAGCAGCUCGAGAGGAAACUCAAAAUUUCCGAGAGUCAAGUGAAAGAGUUCAUGAGGAAGUUCGAGACCGCUGACGACACACGCCGACGUCUCGAAAAGCAGCUUGCAGAUGCCAAACGAGAAAUUAGCAACCAACACAAGCAAGUCGAUGAAUUGGAAAGGAACCUACGUCGAAUUGAAGAUAAGCUUCGUGCUUCGGAAUCCGAACGACAAGCGACGGAUAAGGCUAGGAAAUUUCUCGAAGAAGAACUCGCAAAACUUCAGGCAUCUUAUCAAAAAUCAACUAUAGAAGACGCGCAGAAGAUCAGAGACGAACUGGAUGAGCAGACGACCAGCAUAAUUGAAGACCAUAAAAACAGGAUUAAUGACCUUAACAAGCGUAUCGAGAACUUGCUCCGAGAAAAUAACAAACUCAAAUCGGAAAUGGCUCCACUCAAAGACAGAUUUCGCGAUAUGGAAAACGAACACAACAACGCAUUACGUAGACUGGAAGAAAAGGACUCGCAGAUUAAAUAUAUCGAGGAAAUCCGCAGAAAUAUCCAGAGAGAUCUUGAUGAUCAGCGUGGUCGUAACGACUCAUUGACUACAGAUCACGAUAGGCUGACCGGUGACCUCGAUAACGCACUGAAAAGUGUUCACCUAGCUGAGCAACAACUCAAGGAACUCAAAGGACAACGCGAUGACUAUCAGAAGCAGAAAGACGAACUUUCGCGCCAAUUGUUUGAUAUCCGUCAUAAGUAUGAAACGGAUAAAAAAACAAUAGAAGACUUGAACAAAAAUGAGGGGCGCUUCAACGACGAAAUUGAAAAACUGAAACAGACCAUUGACGACUAUGAUAGGCAGGUAAUGCUUCUGCGACGUCAUAACGACGAGUUCGACACCACCAUUAAAAACUUGCAAGGCAAGAUUACCCAACUUGAGAAUGAGAUUCGAUCAAGAAACAGCGAAUGUGAAAAGUUGAACGACCUUAAUCAGCGCUUACAGAAAGAAAAGCAGGAGAUUAUGAACCAAAAGCAUAAAGCUGAUACCGAUAUUCAAUCCUUAAAAGAAACUAUUCGAAAGCUGGAGCAAGAGCUUGAGAAACUUCGCAACGAGAACAAAACGCUUGAAGUCAAAGAAGAGCGGGCUCGUGACGCACACAAUCAGCAACUUAGCAGAGCAAACUUAUUGAUGAAGGAGCUCGACGACAGCAAGCACGAAAUCCAACAACUCACUGGUAUUCUUAGAAAAUUACACAGAAAAACUGACGAGACGGAGUCCAAGGAGAAACGACGGAAGGUGAUGAGAUCACUAUACCAGGUAAACUCGUCUGAAACUGAUCGCACCGUUAUUGAUCGAACAGUAGAUCGAUACCACGAUGAUCUUCUCUCUGACUUACGCAUUAAGGAAAUUAACGACAAGUGGAGGAUGCAAUUGGAGAAGCUCGAAAAUGAAAAGGACAAUCUUGAUCGUCGGAUUCGUGAACUGGAGGACGAGCUGGCCCAAACUGGACGCGGGAACGAACGCCAAGAGAAUGACAUGUUCGAGUUAAAGCGCAAACAUGCCGUUGAAAUCGAGAAACUUCGGUCAGAGAUCAAUGCACUUCACGACAAGCAUCUCAGCGACCUCGAUGAAGAGAAGGAGCAGUAUGCGAAGGCUGUUGAAAAUCUCAAAGUCGUAGAAGAAGACCUUCGCGAAAAAAUUCGCAACUUAGAAAAACAGCUCGCAGAUGCCCUGAACAGAGAAAACGAUCUAGAACGCGAAUUAAGAGAUAGCGAAGCGAAGAUAACCUCUUUAAAUAAUCAGAAUCUAAAAAUGCGUGAUGAUAUGGAAGAUCUUCGCAACGAAAUGGACAAGGAAGUACAGAAGUGGAAGACAGACGCGUAUCAAGUGCGUUCCGAAGCUAAGGCUCUUGAGACCACAAACACAGGUCUGAAGGCUCAACUUCAAGCUGCUAAUGACCGCACUGAACAUCUUAAUAAAACUAUUAAUGACAGCACCGCAAAGAUUCGCGACUUAACAACACAAGUUCGUCGCCUCGAAGAGGAACUCACAGACACUAAGUCGAAUCUCAUUCAAAAGGAAUCAGAUCUCGAGAGCACUGCCAACAGAUUGCGAUCUCUUGAGGAGCUGUAUGCUCAGCUCCAAACUGACAGCAAUAAAUGGAGGAGUGAACUGGACACAGUACAAAGACAGAACGACGUGCUUAAGAACGCUAAUUCGAAUUUGGAAUCAGAUUCUAACCGUCUCAAAAAUCGCCUGAAAGUGGCAGAAGACGCACUGAAGGAAAUGAAGAACAGCCUCGUCCACAUGAAAACAGAACGCGAACGCCUCCAGAAUGUCUACAGAGAUAAGACUAAACAGACAGAUCACCUUCAACAACUUUCACAGCAAUUCGAUUCCAAAUUACAGAAGUUGCGCCAGGAACUGCAAGAAACAUCUGAUAAGCUAAUUGCCGCCGACAGUGAGCGCACGGCUCUCAGAAACGAACUUGCUAAACUUCAACAGGAACUUAAAUUUGGUGCUGAACAAAUGCAGAGGAAGACUGACGAAUACCAGUCAACUCUUGAUGACCUUGCACACGCACAUAGAGUCUCCGAAGAUGGCAGACUGAAUGCCCUUCAAGAACUUGAGAGUCGUAAAUACGAGCUCAGCGAUCUUCAGUCAAGAUUAGAAGGCACUGAGCAACGUCUAAUAGCUCUACAACAAGAUUUUGUCAAUGCAGAUUCCGAAAGAGAUGCAUUAGCAGAUGCUCUUCGGCGAUUCCAAGCUUCUGCUACACGCGUUAUCAACCUAAGUCGCUUCCAUGAUGUGACUGAUGGAGAGCCACGUGGUGCCAUCGAGAGUCAUGAGGUAGACAUUCCACGGGAUGCCGGUGCUCCUAUAGAUGUACAAUAUCCACGGUCUGUACCGUUCCCUGUCAGUAUUGAUUAUACUGGUACACAUACUGGAGCAGGAGGUCGUGUAACUGCAACCCUGAAUGGAACAACUACCGUUAAUAUCAACGAAGUUGUAAACGUUUCCCAGUUCGAAGACACGCUUCAACAACUCGUUGGAAGGAUUGAGAAGCUAGAGCUUGAACGAAACGAGCUUCGAGACGCACUCAAUCGUUUGCGCAAAAAAACGAGUGAAUCGCAUACGACAAUCAGCAGGCAUGAGACCAGAUAUAAAACUAUUGAAGACAACUUAAAUGACAUUGAAGAGGAUAAAAGAGCUUUGGAAGCAAGAUUAUCGUCGGCAAAGCAGCUUCUUUGCUCCCAGGAAGAAGCGCUUAAACAGCGUGAUGAGGAGCGUCGACAGAUGAAGUCGAAAAUGGUAGCUGCGGAACUGCAAGCGCGAGGCAAAGAAGCUCAACUCAGACACCUCAACGAACAAUUAAAAAAUCUGCGCACUGAUCUGGAUAAUGCUCAUGCAGACAUUCGUGCGUUGCGAGAUAAGGAGGAAAGCUGGGAUGCGAACCGAUUCCAGCUUGAGGGUAAAAUAAGGGAACAAGAUAGCCAUACUCAAAAACUCGAAAUGCAGAUCAUCUCCUUUGAGACCGAAAGACAGACUCUCGUUGAAAAGAUCAAGGAACUUGACGCCGCUCUUCGUCUUAGCGAUAACAAAGUGCAAGAUAUGCGUGAAGAUGCUGACAAACUGAAGAGAGACUUGGCUAAGGCCGAAUCUUACGAGAUAGAACUACGUAAACACAAUGAGAUAAAUGCUAAAGUUAGCAAUGAAUUGCUGAUACUCAAAGAUCAGCUAAUGAAUACACAAAACGACUUUAACACGACAAACUCACGCAAAACUCAACUGGAAUCUGAACUUUUGACUCUACGCAGUGAACUGCGCGACUCCAGACAACGCGUACACGAUGUUAAUAACCGUUUAUCUGAGCUUCAACGGCAACUACAAGACUCGAAUUCUGAGAAGAAUCGUCUUGAAGACAGAAUAUUGUCUAUGGAAAAGAGCCUCAAUCAACAACGCACCGCGGAAAACGAACUACGUCAGCAACUGGAUGCGGCUAAAAAUGGCAAGCAUGCAGCUGUUAAGGAAAUAGAGGAGCUAAAGCGUCGUAUUACACAACUUGAAGACGAAAAACGUUCAAACUCACAAAUUCUCGAGGGAUGGAAGAAAGAAAAGUUCAUGCUGCAUAAGAAGAUCGAUAUGCUUGAAUCAGAGAAACGUCGAACUGAGGCAGCAAUUCGGGAGACGGCGUUACAGCGCGAAGCUAUUGAAAAAUCUCUCAACGCCAUGGAACGUGAGAACAAAGAACUAUACAAGAAUUGCGCACAACUACAGCAACAGGUAAGAAUCAUCGCACAACUUGAGAUGGAAAACGGUAACCGCAUUCUCGAAUUGACAAACAAACAGCGUGAAGAGCAAGAACGUCAGCUGCAGAGAAUGAGACAAGAAAAAAGCCAGAUUGAAAAAGUGAUUGAAAAUCGUGAACGUACGCACAGAAAUCGAAUUAAGCAACUUGAAGACCAAAUUGCCAUUCUUCGUGACCAACUCGAUGGAGAACGUAGAAGGAGAAGAGAUUUUAUUGAUCGUUCAUUGGUUAACGAUAUCGGGCGUCUUGGAGGAAAUGUACUUGGUAUUCGAACUUAUGGAGAUAAUAAUCUGGAUACAAUAAUACACGGUGGUAGCCGUUCUGUCGGAUUUGGAAUGCCACGUUCGACGUUCGCGUCAAAUCCGCUUACACCGCCACUAGGCACUUCAACCCCAGCUCAUAACAGAACACUAGCUGACAACCGUGAGUCCAACACUUCAUACGGUCGUGGCCCUGAUGACACUGGUAUGGAAGUAAUAAUUACGUCUAAAUCGCCAUAUAGUGAUCCCUCAGCCAUUCUAAAUGUUGCUCGUACAUAUAAAGACUCACCUAGAGAAUCUACUUCUUUACUCAUAUCAACUCCACGUAGUAUUGUGCUGCGAAGCAGUCCUUCGAUACUAUACACGUCACCCACAAAUGGGCCAGAGCAAACAAUAUGUCUAUUAUUAACAGGUUCGUUGUAUGGCGGAUCGAUGCGUGACCGCGACUCCGCUUACGGCGGAGUUGGCGGAAACACUGCUAGUGGUCGUGAAAGUGUGUAUGGUGGACGAGACAGUUCACUUGGACGUGAUUCUGUCCGCGAAAAGGAUCCCUCUAUUGUAGAUAUUCCACUGAAUCGUGACGAGAGCUCUAUGCAAUCAUCAACACAUUCCAAGUAUGAUACGCUAGCACCCAACCAAGAUGAACUGUAA